AUAUCGAUAUGUCUUACUAUACUAUAUUCAGUAAUUCGAUCUAUUGAAAUAUAAUAUUACCAGAAUAUUCUAUUUAAUUCUCUCUUGAUUAGUCAUUAAUAAUAAAAAAUCGUAUUAAAAUAUUCAACAUGACACGUGUAGCUGUUGUAACUGGUGGAAAUAAAGGCAUUGGUUUUGCUAUCGUAAAACAACUUUGCAAACAAUUUGAUGGAGUUGUAUAUUUAACAGCUCGUGAUGUCAAUCGAGGAUUGAAUGCGAUUAAACAACUUGAAAAACAAGGUUUAAAACCCAAAUUUCAUCAGCUUGAUAUUACUGAUGAUAAUAGCAUUUCUACUUUUUAUAAUUAUUUAGAACAAACAUAUAAAGGACUUGACGUAUUAGUUAACAAUGCUGCUAUUGCAUUUAAAAUGGAUGCUAAAGAACCUUUUUCCAUACAAGCUGCAGAAACAUUAAAAACAAAUUAUUUUGGUUUAAGAAAAGUAUGUAGCAAACUUUAUCCAUUAUUAAAACCACAUGCACGUGUAGUACAUGUAUCAAGUUCUUCUGGUCACUUAUCAUUAAUUCCUAGUGAAACGCUAAGAAAUAGAUUUUUAAAUCCAAAUCUCACAGAGGAAGAAUUAGACAAUAUUAUGCAUGAAUUUGUCGAAGCUGCAAAGACAAAUACACAUUUAGAAAAAGGGUGGGCAAAUUCUGCUUAUGUUGUAAGUAAAGUGGGAGUAUCUGCUUUAGCUAGAGUUCAUCAAAGAAUAUUCAACUCAGAUUCUAGACAAGGUCUAGUAGUAAAUGCUGUACAUCCUGGUUAUGUAGACACUGAUAUGACUAGUCAUCGAGGUACUUUAACACCUGAUCAAGGUGCUGAGGCUCCUGUUUUUUGUGCAUUACUACCAGAAGAUACAAAUAUAAAGGGUAAAUACAUUUGGUAUGAUAAAUCAUUAGUAGAUUGGACAAAAGCUUAAAUGCAUAACAUUAUAAUUUGAUUUUCUAUAUAUUCAUUUAAAUAUUCAUUUCUUUAUCUCUUAAAAUAAUAUUUGUUUUAUUAUUUAUAUAACAUUUUUUUUUUAUAAAAUUUAUUGCUUUUAUGAAUAGCAAUAAUUGUUUUUUUUUUCUAUAUGCAAUACAUAUAAUAAGGAAUAAUUUUAAGAAUUCUUAUAAUUAGAAAUUAAUAUUUUAAUAAUAAACUCAAUUUAUAUACUUAUAGAUGUACAAAUUCAUAAUUUGUAUGUUCAUUGUAUAUAAUUCCUGAUUUCAAUAGUAAAAAAUAAAUCUGAGAUAUUUUUAUAUCUAAUAAUAAUA